UAUGAAAAAUUGAUGAAAUUUGGGGCCACCGAGUUUAAAGGUACUGUGGAUCCACUGGAAGCAGAACAGUGGUUGGAAAGAAUGGAACGGGUUUUUAGAAAGCUGCAGUGUACAGAAGAAAUGAAGUUUGAGUAUUCUGUCUCCUUAUUACAAGGGGAUGCCUAUGAAUGGUGGAAGACCAUCCCCCACAGCCUGGUGGAGCCACCUGUGUUAACCUGGUCAGACUUCUUGAGGGAGUUUCGACAGAAAUGGGUUCCCGAUGCAUAUGUGGACAUGAAGUUGCAAGAAUUCUUGAGUUUGAAACAAGGGAACCGAACUGUAGCAGAAUAUGAGAGAGAUUUUUCAAGACUAAGCCACUAUGCUGGAAGCUUAGUCUCCACCCCCAGAGACAGAUGCAAGAGGUUUGAGGCUGGGCUAAGACAGAGUCUGAGAAUGCAAGUUGUGGGAUUCAGACAUCAGAAUUUUGCCGAAUUGAUCUCACAGGCCCUAGAACUAGAAAAGAUAGAAUCAGAAGGGGCAGUGAAGAAGGGUCCACAAGAGAAAACUGAAAAGACUACUGAACAAGCAUCUGGAAGUGGUUCUGGGAAGAGGAAACAGUUUGGGGGAUCUAGCUCCCGUAGAGGCCGAGGCAGAUUUUCCGGCCAAAGACCACCUCGGUCUGGUCAGCAGACCCAACCAGCACCCCGAGGAGCUCUAUCAGUACGGCAGUGCGAAACCUGUGGUAGAACUCAUGGUGGGGUUUGUUACAGAGCUACUGGUGCGUGUUUUAACUGUGGAGGGAGCGGACAUUUCGCUAAGGAUUGCACUAGUCCGCGCCGGUCUGGGUCUUUCACUACAUCUGAAGGAUCAGCUCAAGUCUCUGCACCCAGAGGGUCACAAUCAGCUGCUAGAGGCAGAGGCAGAGGUAGGGGUCCUGGUAACACCCCUGGAAGUCAGAGCACUGUUAACCAGCCAGCAUCCAGUGGCGCACCAGUUAGAGUGUAUACCAUGCGUCAGAGGGAAGAGGCUGAAACAUCAGACGUUGUGGCUGUUGAAAAGAAUAUCGGGAAGGAACCCGAGGAAACGAGUCGAGGCUAAGGGACGACUCGCU